GAGGAAGAGGAAGAUGCCCUGGGACAGCCAGGCAGACAAGGAGCUGAGGAUGGAGACCAGGGAGGACAAAUCCCCACGGCAGAACCUCAUGGAAGCGGCCAUUUUGAGCAGCUCCAGGGCACAAGUAUCUAAUGGGGUAGAAAAACCCUGGAGAUCCCACAGGAAGAGGGGCUCCAAACCCAGUCCAGGGUACUCUGAAGAGGAAAGACCCACCCUGUGUUGGGAAGGCGGCCGGAGAUGCAGCUGGGGCUCUGAGCUGGUGGUCCAUGAGCAGCUUCAGGAUGGGGAGAAGCCCUACAAGUGCUUGGAGUGUGGGAAGAGCUUCAGCCAGAGCAACAGCCUGAUCUGCCACCAGAUGAUCCACAGUGGGGAAUGGGCCUGUGAGUGUUGGGAAUGUAGGAAAGGCUUCAGCUGCAACUCCCACCUUGUCACCCAUGUAAGAGAUGGUCCGAAGAGUCCCUCAUCUGUCUCACAACUGUCUCAAGGACAGAGACUGAGACCCUGAAUAUCACAAGGGAC